AUGUUCUCUCCUGGCCAGUUGGAGGCGGUCCCUGACAGAUGUUGGUGUCUCAGUUACACCUUAGAAGCUGUUCCUGCCAUGCAGCCGGAUCCACAGCUGAGGCUUCAUAUGGGAGAAAGGUUUAACCCUCUUCGUUCCUCUCGCAGAGACCUACCGGCCUGGUACAAGUCUGCUCUGUUUAAUGAACUCUAUUUCAUCGCGGAUGGUGGGACAGUCUGGCUGGAGGUUCCUGUUGACUCAUCUGGUGAUGACGAUCUUCUGAGAUUGGGGUCUAAAGAGCUUUCAGGCAUGAGGAGCCUCCUGCAGGAAUAUGGGCGAUUUGCUUACCUUGAAGGCCAGGAGUACCGGAUGUAUAACACGUAUGAUGUGCAUUUCUAUGCUUCUUUUGCCCUUAUCAUGCUGUGGCCGCAGCUAGAACUCAGUCUGCAAUAUGACAUAGCUGCGUCUGUGUUACAGGAAGAUCCGGAGAAUAGACGCUAUUUGAUGAGUGGUUCUGUGGCACCAGUCAAAACCAGAAACGUUGUCCCACAUGAUGUGGGAGACCCAGAAGAAGAAAUACUAAAAGAACACCGACAUUGGUGGGAUCUAACCACACUAGAGAGAUAUCUCGACCUCAAACAGAUACCGAGAGGUUUACGUAUCCUUAAACAUUGCUCCUUUAAGGAGAAUACAGAACUUAUGACAAAAUGGUAUAACAUUCUCAACGAUUGCUCGUUUGAGAUUAUUAAAUUAUUAAUAGAACAUAGACGUGAUCUAUCUAACCAAUGUGGAGACAAAAUAGAAGAAAUACAAAAAGAACUUUCUAAACACCUUGAAAACCCUGACUAUGAGCGUUUGUUGAAAAAGAUGUACGAACGUACAGACAAAUACCAGGAAGAACUGGUUGGGUCCAAAAAGAAAAAAUUAGAGAGGGAUAAUAAUGACUACAUCAAAGACCAAGUCAAGAAAGGAAGUUUCCCCAUCGUUGACUUCAUGAGUAAGGUAGAUAUUAAGAGAAUUGUCAUUGAGAAGCUGUACAAAGAACGAGUGGCCCUAAAUGUGCUAAAAACCAGAGACGACAUUGUCAUCAAAUUAUCAGACAAGGGUGGCAAGGUCACCCUCAUGGAUAAGAAAUGUUAUUUUUCACAGGCAGUCAUGGACACAGCUUUACGGUUUGAUCAUGACGGAGAUGGACUCAUCGAAAAUUCUGGGUUUGCUGACCAGACGUAUGAUGGUUGGGUGAUGACUGGACCCAGUUCAUACUGUGGGAGUCUGUGGCUUGCGGCCGUGUGUAUGAUGUGUCAGAUGGCGCAGACCCUGGGAGACACCUCUGUAUAUCACAAGUUCUCUAAUAUUCUUGCAAAGGGGAAGGAAGCAUUUGAGAAAAUGCUUUGGAAUGGUAAGUGCAGCUUCACCCAACAUCCAGCCAAGACGUGUGCACCUUGGUUAACUGUGUGCGUCAUACUGUUUAUCCCUGAUACUUACGCUGUUUCUCCAACAUUGGGUCUUGUUCAGGAAGGUUUCAGCACAGCUGAAGGCUGUUACCGCACAGUGUGGGAACGACUGGGAAUGUCCUUCCAGACUCCAGAGGCAUACUGCGAGAAGAAUGUCUUCCGAUCAUUGGCAUACAUGCGCCCGCUCAGCAUCUGGGCCAUGCAGCUUGCUUUAGACAAUCAUGCCAAAGGCAAAAUCCCCAAAGCUGGUGAGGAGGAAAGUGCUGACAGCGCAAGGCAGAGAGACCAAAACAAAACUGUCGGUAGUGGAGAUGAUAAAUAGAUCAAUGCUUGUGCACAAGCAAACUGAAAGAAUCAUUGACCUCUGAGAGCAAGAGAAACUGACAUAUGUUGCAUUUAAGUGACCAGCAUAUGAAUUAUGUGCAAUAUCUCUUAACGGUUGUAAUGGAAACGAUUCUCUCCAUAGUAUGAAGCCCUAACACUCUGUAUUUCCCAUAACCUCAAUCAGUAUAUGCAGAUUGUACAGCAUUACUUACCUCUCCUGUCCAUUAGCUAUCAUAUACUGUUGAGAUAUGGCUCUGAGAUGGACCUCUGCUAAUAGGGCUUAUGCUGGAUUCCCUACGUACCUACCUCCUCUCACACACAGCCAACGUUCUGGUGCUGCUCACAUACUGCUGAUUGUCACACGAUGCGGCAGAGAAAGUGUUAUUAAACUGCAGAGUGUGGGAACAUGCCGAGUAUCCAAUGGCAGACCACUGCACUUUAUUUAAAUCUUUACCACCUCUGGGGCAGGGGGCAUUACAGUGCUUUUGGGUUGUUUCUGAGCUAUGAUGCUAGUAAGAGAGACAUCAUAUUUCUACUGUGCACUCUCCAUGCGGCAACAGGCUGCUGUGCCCUUUUUUGGGGGUAUAUCGCAUUGCUGUGCCCUUCCUGGAGACAUCAAGACGUUGCUAUGCCCUCCCUGUGGGCAUCACGCUACUGCUGUGCCAUCUCUUGAUCAUCUUGCUCUUGACAUGACCUCUCUGCUGUGUUAUCACACUGCUGCUGUGCUGUCUCAGGGGGGUCACGCUUCUGCUAUGCUCUCUCUGGGGUAACUAAUGUUGCUGUGCCAUCUGCUGAACAUAAUGCUGAUACUUUCUCUAGACUGUUGCGCUGCUGCUUUACCCUUUCUGUAGAACGUCACUCUGCUUUCCCCUCUCUGUAGAACGUCACUCUGCUUUCCCCUCUCUGUAGAACGUCACUCUGCUUUCCCCUCUCUGUAGAACGUCACGCUGCUUUCCCCUCUCGGUAAAACGUCACGCUGCUUUCCCCUCUCUGUAAAACGUCACGCUGCUUUCCCCUCUCUGUAAAACAUCAUGCUGCUUUCCCCUCUCGGUAAAACGUCACGCUGCUUUCCCCUCUCGGUAAAACGUCACGCUGCUUUCCCCUCUCUGUAAAACGUCACGCUGCUUUCCCCUAUCAGUAAAACAUCAUGCUGCUUUCCCCUCUCUGUAAAACGUCACGCUGCUUUCCCCUCUCGGUAAAACGUCACGCUGCUUUCCCCUCUCUGUAAAACGUCACUCUGCUUUCCCCUCUCUGUAAAACGUCACGCUGCUUUCCCCUCUCGGUAAAACGUCACGCUGCUUUCCCCUCUCGGUAAAACGUCACGCUGCUUUCCCCUCUCGGUAAAACGUCACGCUGCUUUCCCCUCUCGGUAAAACGUCACGCUGCUUUCCCCUCUCGGUAAA